AUGAACCGCCUGCGUUGGAUGUUUGCCCACAAGGAGAACAUCUGGUCGCUUUGUGAGUGGUUACGUUCUUGCUUGAAGUACACUCCACUGACCAUCUUCGACAGUGCACAACGAGAGCAUGAAUUUGUCAAGAUAUCACUAGGUACCUAUGACGCCAAACUCGGUUCCAUCUUCCUGCCCCGUAAGAAGUUCGAAUCCGUCUAUCCCAGUGACCACGACUUUUUCUACCAUCAGCGUGGACCCGAAACCGCACCGAAACUGUUGCUUUCCGGAAGGAACUGCCCCGAGGUACUUGGUCUGUUCGUACAAUGGCUCUACACUGGAAGAUACACUGAGUUGAAUGGCCCAGUAAAGAAGCUGGACAGCAUUACCAGGACUCCGCGCCUGGACAUGUGCAACUCUUACGAAAAAGACACUAUGGAGUGGACAGCCAAGGCUGCGGUACUGGCUUGGACUUUGGGUAACGACUUGAGAUUACCCGAGUUCCAGAACUAUGCUAUGAAACGCCUCUUCGCCGCUUUCUCACGCCCUUCCAAAAGACCGCUACUCACACCAGCCUUGUAUAAAUACGGUCAAAAAGUAGACCAACACUGGUUCUUCGGAAGUCUCGCCUCCAGGAGUAAAUGGAUGGACAAGGGACAACUGGAGCAGGCGCUGGGCGUAAUCAUCAUUCGAAAUUGGGGCGACACGGCUGUUGUUGAUCAAGAGGAAAUGGAAUCGUGGUCCGAUUUGCUCAGAUCAUGCGACGCACUCCGGGACAAGUUCCUUGAAGGAUCUUUAUUGUCGCUCGAAGAACGUCGUGAGAAGGUCUUGGUGGCAGAAGAUUAUUUCGAAACAGAAGUCUAG